ACUUUGAUUACUGAAUGGGAGGAUGGUUCCAAGCUCUGCAAAGCUUUGCUAGAAUCCGAAGAGUCCAUAGCUCGAGCGGUUCAGAAGCUGACAGAAGUAGCUCAGUUUUAUGGCUUUGAGGGUUGGCUCAUCAACAUUGAAAAUGAUUUGAGGACUGGUGAACCUGAGGCCAUGAAUAGUUUUUUGUCCCAACUCUCCAUCUCUAUGAAAGGUUCCAACCCCAAUGGUAUGGUACUCUGGUAUGAUGCUGUCACAGUUGAUGGGAAGCUUCUUUGGCAGAAUGAGCUCAACGACAAGAAUCUG